AUGGCAAUGCUAUUUCCCCGUGGUGCUGUUUCGCUCAGGGCCUUGAGGGAGCUUGUUCAGAUUCGUCUGAAUGUCAGCUUGGUCGGGAGGCGCUCGGACAUCCGCAGGUUGGCGAAGAAGGCUGCAGAAGAGUUUUCAUGCGGCGAUCGGCGUAUUGAUGGUUAUGCGCCCGUGUGGGAACCGUUGCCCAAGCACAGCUGCCUAGACCGAACUUGGGCGCUGGACGUGGCAGCGUCAGAUACGAAAGAUCGCGGCCGGUGUCUCUUUUCGUCCUUGAGUGACUUUGGCCAUGGCACUAUCGACAACUUGGAAGCAAAAUUCCAGAAGGCUGAGCUUCUGGGCACGAGGCACGUCGUCGGAGAUUUGGGUGGCUUCCUACCACCAUCCAUUCGUGCUGCAAACGACGUUUUCUGUAAGAUAGCCAACGACGGGCUGGCAAUGCUGGACAUCAUCAAGGAUGGCCUGGCCAAACUUUGGGGUGGUUUGGCCAAUUCCACAACCUCCCUACUCCGUGCAUUGGCUCCUGAGCUUGGUGUAUGGGACCCAGGCCGGGUGUUAACGCAGCAGAUAUUACCGCUGUUUAGUGGUGCGGUGAGGCUGGUAAUGAAGGGGUCGACGCUCAACGAUGGUGGCAUGCAAGUCUUCGUGAACAUGCUUGUUGGCAAUGACAUCACCUUGGAGGCUGAUGCUUCCACGCCUGGCAUCGGGACAUGGCGAGUAUCCCACGCGAUCAGCAAGCGCCUCAUCUUCGUUGUUUCCUCCUCUGAGAGCAUCGAGUGA